UGUGAAAAAUUUCUGAAUUUCGAUUUCGGAAUUUGCAAUAAGCGAGGUUUAGAUCGGUGGGUCUGUGAUUAUGGUGCUAAUUCUCGAGAAAGAUUGCAAUAAUGGGCAAAAAAAAAGUUCGGAGAGAAGUAAAAGGUGGAAGCUUUUGUAUUUGUGUCGUCCCCACGAUUUCAUCUGCGCAAGAUUAAGAACUGAAGGGGAUGCGACAAAGCCAUUUAAAGAUUUUAGCAGAAUUCUAUCACUAUCAAUGAGUUCUUUUUCCGACAAAUGUGACAGCUAAUUUGUCCUAGUCAUAGAUACGCCCGAAGAUUACGCCAUGGUUGUUUUCAAGAAGUUGAUGCAGGGUUCUUUAUUAGAAAUUAGACAUUUUGAGACAUCUCGAUGGCAUGUGGAUGGAUGAAGAGAGGUCAACAUAUAGUGUGGGAGUCUACAAGUGUUAACAUCAGAUAACUUGAUCUUGAAUUGGUUGAUUUCAAUGUUGAGGACUCAGGAAGAAGAUUUUGUCAUCUUUACUUAUUCGGAAGAGUUAAGACCUGAGGCAAAUAAUGGAGGAAGUGAAACUGACCAAGCCAUGAAAACAACUAGAGGAUUUCUUCUCAGGAAGUCUCUAGUGAUGUCACCGUUCAUGUUGGAGAAGCUUCGUUUUCACUGCACAAGUUUCCACUCUUGUCAAAAUGUGGGUUUAUCAAGAAACUUAUGUCGGGAUCAAACAAAGAUUCAGAUUCCUCCGUUAUAAAAAUCCUGGAUAUCCCCGGAGGCUCUGAAGCAUUCGAGCUAGCGGCUAAGUUCUGCUAUGGCAUUAACUUUGAUAUGAGCACAGAGAACAUUGCCAUGCUGCGAUGUGCAGCAGAGUAUCUAGAGAUGACAGACGAACACUCUGUGGAAAAUCUCGUUGUAAGAGCUGAAGCUUACUUGAACGAAGUAGCUCUCAAGAGCUUAUCGAGUUCAAUCACAGUCUUGCAUAAAUCAGAGGAAUUGUUGCCCACUGCUGAAAGAGUGAAACUCGUGAGCCGUUGCAUUGAUGCGAUUGCUUAUAUGACCUGUCAAGAGAGCCACUUUUGCAGUCCUUCUUCAAGUAAUAGUGGUAACAAUGAGGUUGUGGUCCAGCAACAGAGCAAGCAGCCUGUGGUUGAUUGGUGGGCUGAAGACUUAACGGUUCUUAGGAUUGAUUCGUUUCAACGUGUACUGAUCGCAAUGAUGGCUAGAGGGUUUAAGCAGUAUGGACUUGGUCCAGUGCUUAUGCUGUAUGCUCAGAAAUCUCUUCGAGGGUUGGAGAUUUUCGGGAAAGGAAUGAAGAAGAUCGAACCAAAACAAGAACACGAGAAAAGAGUGAUUCUUGAAACAAUCGUAAGCCUUCUCCCUCGAGAGAAAAACGCAAUGUCCGUUAGCUUUCUCUCGAUGCUUCUACGUGCAGCGAUAUACCUUGAAACAACGGUUGCUUGUAGACUUGACUUGGAAAAGAGAAUGGGAUUACAAUUAGGACAAGCAGUGCUCGACGAUCUCUUGAUUCCUUCUUAUUCAUUCACUGGAGAUCACUCUUUGUUUGAUACAGACACUGUUCAACGCAUUCUCAUGAAUUAUCUCGAGUUUGAAGUUGAAGGAGUCCGCAUAAGCAACAAUGGUGUUGAUCUUGCUGGUGAUAUGGAACGUGUUGGUAAAUUGUUGGAGAAUUAUAUGGCUGAAAUUGCUUCUGAUAGAAAUGUGAGCUUGCAGAAAUUCAUCGGUUUAGCUGAACUUAUUCCUGAACAGUCUAGGGUUACUGAAGAUGGCAUGUAUCGAGCCGUCGACAUCUACCUUAAGGCGCACCCGAAUAUGAGUGAUGUAGAGAGGAAGAAAGUGUGCAGCUUAAUGGAUUGUCAAAAACUAUCGCGAGAAGCCUGCGCUCAUGCAGCUCAGAAUGAUCGUCUCCCCGUUCAGACCAUUGUUCAAGUCCUUUACUACGAACAACAACGUCUACGAGGAGAAGUCACUAACGACUCAGAUUCUCCAGCCCCACCUCCACCAGCAGCAGCUGUCCUUCCUCCCAAACUCAGCUCCUACAACGACGAACUCUCCAAGCUUAAACGCGAAAACCAGGACUUGAAGUUGGAACUUCUCAAAAUGAAAAUGAAGCUUAAAGAGUUUGAGAAAGAGAGUGACAAGAAAUCAUCUUCAUCAACCAUCAGCACCAAUCCAAAUUCACCAAUCUCAACUGCUUCCAUGGAUAAGCCUCCAUUGCCAAGAAAGUCAUUCAUAAACUCUGUUUCAAGAAAACUCGGAAAGCUAAACCCUUUUGGCAUCACGCCAUACAGCGGUAGAGGCAGAACCAAACCACCCAAAGAUCGGAGACACUCUAUUUCUUGAAAACCAUAUAAUAUACACACAUAUAUGUUUAAUUUUUUGUUGGGACUUCUAAAUUCUGAUUCAAGGAUUUAUUUUUUUCCUACUUGUCAGCAUUUGAUAUUUUUGUGUGUGUUUUGAUGUUUUUUUGUACAUAAAGCUGGUAAUGUUUUUUUCAAGAAAUA